AGGACGAGCAGUAGGCUAGCCUAUCGUUUAUGUUUUUAUGAAUAUAGGCCAAUGCAUUAUGCACUUAUGGUGAAUGAUUUGUUAAUUUAUCGAUAAUAAUAGUGAUAUAGGCUUUAGCAAUUAAUUAGCUACUGCACGUGAAUCAUUUGGAUCACAGCAGUUUCGAUGUUUAUGGGAUCUCUAACAAUCAUGAGGAAUCACGCCCAAUCGGUAGAUCAUUGUUCACAGGUCGCUGGCCCCUAACUGUCCCCUAAAGAGUUAAGGUCCCCAUUGAAUAGUUCUUCCAGUUCUGUGGGAUUAGGAUUGCAAUGUGAUCACUCUUUAUUAUUUCCCAGGUAGAUUUAGGCGUUGAGCCUAUGGGUUUCAGGCAAAUUGUCGAAUGAAUGGGAUUAAUUUAUAAAUCGGGAUCAUCCUCACAUUAAGAGCUGUUGUGUUAAGGACAUCGCUCAAUGGCCUAUACAGAAUUGUUCAAAUUGUCUAUUAAGAGUUUUGAGUAGUUUAUUUGGGAUUUUAAAUGUGCCGUUUAAUUCAACAUGAUGUGCUGAUUAUGAUGAAUCAUUUUAGCAAUUUGACAGUGGUAUCACAAUGCUCAAAUUAAUAUGUAAAGGCUACUUUAAUAUUAAAUGAGUGAAAGGCGAUCCCUUACCGUCACGUUGCCAUUGCUGAGCGAGUAAUCCCAAAGAAGAGCGCAAUAUAACGUUGAAUAUUUCCCACGUAUCAUAUUGUAUUGGUUUGUUUCACUGUCGUAAAUUCCCGCAAGUUUCACACCUAGUUGUUUCCAGAGGAAACAUCUAUUAUCCUCUAUUGCCAUGGCCAUGUCAAUGUCGCCGACGUGUGAUACAGUAUUUACAUGACUAUAUAUUGAGCUGCUGAAAGAGCCUGCUGGCUUUGUAGUCCCCGUGGGGCCCCGAGGGCCGCUUCCCAUACCGCUGCUCAUCUGAACGGAAUAUUAAAAAUGGAAUAGGCCUACAUAGGCCUACAUGAAUGGUCAUAAACGUUCAGAACAAUGAUCUGCUUGCAAACUUGAUGAAAAGUGUUUAAAAACAUUUGAUUUGGUUCAUUUACUGUAUUGUCAGUUUUGGAAUUCGUGGGAAAGUGAACGAAGGAGGGGGGGAAGCCUGGGAAUGACAGGUGAACAAAUGCAAGGCUGGUUGGCUGUCUGUGGCCACUCUUUGAAGUGCAUUCAUGCCUAGACGUCUCCUGUUUGUUAGCAAGACACGGCCAUCACCCUGGGCCAUUUUCACAAAGCAACGUGACCAGCAGGGGGAAAAAAUCUGUCAAUCGACGCGGCAGACGGUAUAAAUAUCAUCCUGCCCUAGUCUUCACCACAACAGUCGCCAACUCUGAUCGCGUCGCGCCCACUUAGGAUACUAUACCAGGACAUCUUGGAACGAUGGGAUCUUAUCUGAUAAAAACCUUCAUUAUAUCCAUGUGCUAUCACGUUCUGCUUGCCUCCGCCUGGUCAGCGAACAACUUCCUCAUGACGGGACCAAAGGCUUUUCUGACGUAUGCCAGCAGCGUGCAAAUGGGUGCACAGAGUGGAAUACAGGAGUGCAAACAUCAGUUUGGAUGGGACAGGUGGAAUUGCCCAGAGAGCGCCUUGCAGUUGUCAACGCAUACCGGCCUUCGCAGUGCAACGAGGGAGACGUCUUAUGUCCACGCCAUCAGCGCAGCAGGAGUCAUGUACACAUUGACGAAGAACUGCAGCAUGGGGGACUUUGACAACUGUGGUUGUGACGAUUCCAAAAUAGGGCAAAUGGGUGGGAGGGGAUGGAUUUGGGGAGGUUGCAGUGACAACGUUAUGUUUGGAGAGAAGAUUUCCAAACAGUUUGUUGACGCACUGGAAAAUGGCCACGAUUCACGAGCAGCUGUCAACCUGCAUAACAACGAAGCUGGAAGAUUGGCCAUCAAAGCCACCAUGAGGAGAGCCUGUAAGUGCCAUGGCGUGUCGGGGAGCUGCAGUAUCCAGACCUGCUGGAUGCAGCUGCCCGACUUCAGGAGCGUCGGCAGCUACCUGAAGGAGAAGCACGAGCAGGCCAAAAAACUACAGAUGGACAAGAGGCGCAUGAGAGCGGGUAACAGCGCGGACAACCGGGGCGCCCUCAACGACGCCUUCAGCGGCAUCCGCCGCACAGAACUGAUUUAUCUGGAGGACUCUCCGAACUACUGCUCCAAGAACCUGAGCCUGGGCCUGCAGGGCACCGAGGGCCGCGAGUGCGUCAAGGGAGACAAGAACAUGACGCGGUGGGAACGACGGAGCUGCCGCCGACUGUGCAACGAGUGCGGCCUGCGAGUGGUGGAGAAGCGCGUCGAGAUGGUCAGCAGCUGCAACUGUAAAUUCCACUGGUGCUGCACUGUAAAGUGUGAGAGAUGCACACAGACUGUCACCAAAUAUUACUGCGCGCGUAGAGAAAGAGGACGCAAGCCCCACAAUAAAACCAAACGGAGACACCACGGGCGCAGGCAUUAGUGGCUAUACCUGUAUAAGUAUAGUUCACUGCAGUUCAUGAAUCAAAUGCAAUUCGUUUAUAAUGAACACUGUGUUACCGUAACUACUUUAUACAUAUCUGUAAAUAUUUCAAUGCACUUAUUCAGAAUGGCGCAAAACCCAUUUGAGCUCGUUUCCACUUGAUCGAGGACCCAAACAGGUUAUAGACUCAACUCUUACACUUGCAACAUGAGUUCAUGUUUUAGUUUGAGGUUUCUUCUAUUGUUGACAAUGACGUGUUAAAAAAUCAUCUAUUUUUAUUGUAAAACGCAUAGUAGCCUAUUCUGUA